AUGAAGAUCAAUUACACAUUUGGGUCCGGUAAUAACAGCCCUAAAUCGUUCCAGGCGUAUCCAAGAGGCGAUUUUGACUUGGAAUCUGGGAUUUCGAAGAAAUCUCGAAAGCCCAAGAGCAAUCCCUUUUUGCAGAAGAUGAAAUCAUUGGGAAAUACAUUCAAUCACUAUUAUAAGCUUCACCCAGUUAUGAUCUUCUUGAUUUGCCUGUCAUUUGGGAUUGCAAUCCUCAUUGUGUUAUCUGUGUACCAUGACCAGUACAGAACUAUGCAUCAUUACAGGGCCUUUUCUGAAAAAAAGGAUAUUUACCCUUUUGCUAAGCUUAGGAAUCUUGUAAUGGUGGCCGGGCAUUCGGUAUAUACGAGCAGUAGGUGUGAGAAGGUUGAUGACGAGAAUGCUUGGUACUUGGAGUCUUAUCAGAAGCAUCCGGGCCAAGCCGCAACCUUUGUUCAGCAUAUACAGAAAGGAGUCGAGAUUGCAGCAGAUGAUGACGUGGCGCUGCUGUUGUUCAGUGGGGGCGAAACUCGGAAGGAGGCCGGCCCACGUAGUGAGGCUCAGAGUUAUUGGACGGUGGCCGAGUCGAAACAGUGGUUUGGCAAGCGAGACAUUGUGAGAAAUAGGGCACUAACUGAAGAACACGCUAGAGACAGCUUCGAGAAUCUUCUUUUCAGCCUCUGUCGAUUUCGUGAGCUGACUGGCGCAUAUCCACAGAAUAUAACUGUA